AUGUCUUCACAACACAUCAAUGACGACAAGGAGGGGGAUCGUACUACUAAUGACGACCAUAGUAAAUCGGUUGUUAGUGAAGAUUUUACUCCUAGAACCUUGCAACAAUUAAAUGAAGCUGUAAUAGAAGGUACAAAUGACCAUUCUUUGGAUUUAGAACCACCAAAUCAACACGAACAUCAACUCUAUAAAAAAAUGGCUUCAGAUCAUCAACCAGAGCCAUCCUCUAAUAAUAAGGAGGUUGAACAUCAAAAGGAAAAUCAACCUCAUAAGGAAGCCACUAAGGAAAGCCAUAAUGUAGAUGAAACCAAAAAGGAAAAAAAAGAACAUAAACAAGAUGAGCACAAGGAACAAAAAGAAAACAAGGAAACUAAGGAACACAAGGAGGAAAAAGAACACAAGGAAGAAAGGAAGGACCACAAAGAACCAAAUAAUGAUGAGGAAUUUUUGCAUCCAGACGAAAAACCAUCAAACAUAGUACCACCACAAAGAAGUUAUGGUAGUUCGCCUUCAUUAGAAGAUCAAGAAAGAGCAGAUAUGCAUUUCCAAAAUACUAUAUUAACAUUGGAUAAUUUAAAAAAUCGUAGCACAACAAGACACACUAAACAAGUUAUUUCAACAUCCAACUCAUCUUCCUCAAUAACCUCUAAAGCUUCCCGUUCUUCAUCCAAUAGUACUUCAACCUCAAAUCUUAAUAAUCUUAACAACACUGCUCCUAACAAUGAAGAAAAUAGUAACACCAGUAGUAGUAAUACAGUAGAAGAAAAGAAGGAAACAACUACCAAACAACAUGAAGUUGAAAAUCAUCUCACCAAACCUGAGCAAUCAGACACAACUCAUGAUACUCCAACAGCUCCAAUCAAUGAGUCAAAACAACAAAAUGAGGAAAAGAAGGAGCACAAGGAAAAGAAGGAACAUAAAGAAAAGGAAGCCACUAAAGAAAACCAUAGUGUUGAUCAACCCAAAAAGGAUCAAGAGCAUAAGGAGGUUAAAGAACACAAAGAAACUAAGGAACAAAAGGAUCAUAAAGAAGAAAAGAAGCAAGUUAAAGAACACAAGGAAGAACCUAAAAAGCAACACAAAGAAGAGCACAAAGUGGACGAACAUCCUGUUGUUCAAAAGGAACCAGUGAAUCCGAAGAAAACUCAACCACAAGCUUCUGAACACAAACAGCAAGAACCAACAUUUAAUGUAGAAGAACAAUCCAAUAUUAUCUCCACAACCACAACAACAGAAAAGAAAAAGAAGAAGAAACCAUCAGGGCAAGUCACAACAGAAACUACUACUGUCACAACAACAGUGAUAAAGAAGAAAAAGACGCCUCCAACAGACGAGCCACCUGAAAGAGAUUUUCUUCAAGAAAGAUUGGAGGAACAACGUAAACAAGAGUCAAUAUCUGAUGCCAAUAACACAAAGAAAAAUGAUGGUUCAAAACCUCUUUAUAAAAGAUUAGAAGAAGAGUUUAAUGACAGAAUGAUGAAAGAAAAGGAAAAGGAAAAAGAAUUGCUUAAGGAACUGAGGAAAGAUUUCGAACCUAAAAGACAAGGAUUUAAGGACUCUCAAUUUGAAUCAGUUCACAAAGAAAAGUUACAAAUAAUGAGAGAAGAAAGGGAAAGGGAACGUCUCAGAGCACAAUCAGAGAAAACAUUACAACAAUAUCAUUACAAUAAGAUCUUUGACAUCAUGCAAGAGGAGGAAAAGCAAAAAAAAAUUGCAGAAGAACAGGAGAAAGAAAAGAAGAAACAACUUUUGAAACAACAACAAGUAUAUGCUGAAAAGUUGAGAAAAGUCAAGGUUAAAAUUGAUGAUAAAAAGAGAGAAGAAAUUGAAAAUAGAUUACAUAAGAAAUCAAAGCUUAAAGAUAUGACAAAGAAUAGUUCUUCAACUGGUGUCAUUCAAACAGACGCCCCAUCAACACCAACUCGCGAAUUAUCAGAAAUUCCACCCACCAAGAUUCUUAAUCCUCCUCAUACUGUUCCUAAAAAGAAGAAGAGAUCAAACAAAUUGCCUUCUCUUGACAAAAAACUUCCUAAGAAAGCCUCCACUUCAGAACAAAACCGACGUCAAAAAGAUCUAGGUGAAAACUAUAUGGAAGCCAAUAAGAAACAUGGUAAAAAGAAGAGUAAGCAACCUGAGGUUAACGUUGAAGAAAUAGAAGAAUUGAAGAGGAGAGCUGAAAGAAUGGAAAAGAGAGCAGAACAAGCCUUAAAUAAGGAUGAUAUUGAUGAUACAGAUACUGACGUUUUGGCUAAUGCUUUAAAGGCAAAAUUAGAAUUAUAUCAACGUGUAAAAAGGAAUAACAACCAAAAGUAA